GUGCAGUCGAUGGUACAUGGAACACAUUACAUUGGUGGUACAGCGGCACUUAACCAGUCAAAGUGUGAAGGAUGGAGUAUUUCUACCUCAACGACUUUGCCGACUUCAAUUACACCUAUGAGUACUAUUUUUAUGACCUUGUGAAUUACACCAUGUUCGAAGAGUUUGACUUUCGUAACAUGAACAAUUGGCAAACUGUUGGGCCGAGCGCCUCGCACAUGAUUUCAUGCAUUGUGAUCUGGAUAGGUUUUCCAUUGACCUUGUUGGCCAUCUAUGCUCUGUAUUCACUGGUGCGACACGACCAUGUUGCUCCGGUCUAUGUCAUCAACCUCCUGAUCGCCGACCUCAUCCAGAUGUGCUGCAUGGUGAUCUGGGUGGCAGAUCACAGGAGCUCUAUGGUCUUCUACUUCUCUACUUUAAUCUACUACAUUGGUGUGAUGGCCAGCGUUGGCUUUAUGGUGUGUGUCGCCCUAGAAAGGUAUUUGGUCAUCGCCUGCCCACUGUGGUACCGCUUCAGACGAAACAUCAAGUUCUCGGUGCAGGUCUCCAUUAUGGUCUGGGUCUUAUGUUUCAUCGAGUUCCUUGUUGCCCGGCUAACUAACGUCUUCGUCAUUGUCCGCUUCAUCUUCCUCCUCCUCCCCUUCCCGCUGCUGAUCAUCUUCUCGGCUGGUACCUUCAAAGCCCUGUCUGCGGCCAUUUCUGUCACUCCUAAAGAAAAACGGAGAAUCUUAGGAACUUUAGUCCUGGUGCUGCUGAAAUACACACUGCUGUUCCUGCCCUUGGUCAUUUGGCUCCUGGAAAUGUCAUGCAGGUGUUUACCUUACAUUGCCGAUGAUUCACGCUUAUACUUAUCAUUCCUUCAGUUCAGUCCUCUUGCAGACUUGGUUCUGUAUGUUUUCAUGAGGAAAGGGGCUGCAGACAAGCUGCUGGCCUCCCUGUGUUGUUGCAGGAUGACAGGAGAGGAAGAAGUGAGCCAGAUAGAUGCUGAAGAAGUCUGUUCUGUGUAGUAGUGGCAUGCUGUCAGGACAAGCAAGGAGAGCAGUGUAUGACCAGUUACCAGUUCCUAUUUUUUAACUGCAGUAAGGGAGUUAGUCUUCUAACCGCUGUUUCCGCUAAACAUUCAAAACAUUUUCUCAGUAAGAUGAGAUCUGUGUUGUGUUAUACCGCACAAGUAAUUUGUUGAUAACCAUAGUGAGAGACUCUCUUCCUGUCUAAGUUCUCAGAAAUAAUAUUAUAUAUUAUUCUUAGAACUUCUUAAUAGAACAAUUAAUAAUUAUUAUUACUAUUGACCAUAUGAUUGAUAUGAUAAUAAUAUAAAACUAUUGGUAUAUUUCCUUUCUCUACAUUUAAUUGCAGAAUAAAUAGAGACGCAAUUCUUUGCCUAGUAAAUGAUACAAUCUUUAUUUACUACAGCUGAUGCUGCAGAGCUUCAAGACUUAGACGCCAAA